AUGGUGACAAAUAAGACAAAUAGAUCAAAUCAUCUAUAUCGUCGAUGUGCUCUUUUUGUGAUAGGACGCAUAGGCAGAACCCCGAAGGUCUACAAGCAUUUCGAGCUGAUAGCUAUGCGUUACGCACUUAUUGUUAUUGCCCUGGCUGUGACUGUGAUGGAAUGUUCUGACCAAUUACCAGACUGUGAGAAAGAUUUGCCUAGUAUAGCACCUGCUCUUGGCAAAGAGUUAAGAAAGACGUUGUCAGACGGAGUUCAAGCAAACAUGAAGGGAGGCAGCAAACCGGAAUACAACUGUUACCUGGAAUACCUCGGAUGGUUGGGAUUGAACGACACAUCUGAUAGGUCGCUGGGAUGGCUCAAACACGCAGACACAUAUCUUUUCAACUUCACCAAGGAGGGCGAAAAGGAAAACAAGACACCUACAAAAGAAUUCCUCACCAAAUUGGGAAAAAACACUAAUAUAACGGAAAAACCUUGGAAACGGUUCGGUUGCAACUACAUUUACAAAGAGAAAGCGUAUAAAUACACCUGCAUCUUCUAUCAUUAUGAUGAGUAA